AUGUUCCAGCUCCCAGCGUCGCUCGGCGACGUCGAGACCCUCCUCAGCACGGCCUGGGAUGCCCUCACCCUGAACAGGGUGCUUGUCGGCGCAGGAAUGCUGUUUCUUUUCUCGAAUGCGAAGGGAAUACCCGGCGUCUGGCAUUACCGACUCUUCAAAGGCCUCCUCACAGAACUGCUCUGGAAGCGCUCGCGCCAGCCCGCGCCCCUGGUCGACGCGCAGGGCCGGCCGCGUGUGUACAGCUACCUGGUCACCGAAUGUGCCAACCCAAUCAUCGAGUGCGACUACAACCUACACAAGUCCAACAGCACCUUCUUCUCUGAUCUGGACAUCAACCGCACGCAGCUGAUGAUGGCGCACUUCAAGCACGUAAUUUCGACCUCGUGCAUGCCGAGCGUCACCAACCGGAAAAGGCCGCUGCUUAUGGCCAUGGGCGGCGUCUCAUGCCUGUUUCACCGCGAGGUCAAGCCGCUGCAGCGCUACGAGGUCUGGUCGCGGGUGCUGGCGUGGGAUGAGAAGUGGGUGUAUGUCGUGAGUUACUUCGUCAAGAAGGGGGCGCUGGCAAGUGACGGGAGCAUCAGGGGAGACCCGGACGCCAAGUUUGUGUUGGCGUCAGGGCUGGCGCGAUAUGUGUUCAAGGAGGGGAGGGUUACGGUCAAGCCUGAGGGGGUGCUGCGUGAGUGUGGCUUAUUACCGCCAGCAGGUGAAAAGGGUGCGGUGGUAGAUCCGAAGGGGGCCGUGGGUUGGAGCAAGGAGCAAUUUGAGGCAGAGAACCAAAAGGGCAUGGCGGUUGCUGGCGGAUUUUCUGGUUUGGAGGUCUUGCCUUCUUUGACGAAGUUUAGGGAGUCAGCUGUGCUGGGGAGAUAUAGAGAUUUCUGA